CACACACUGACGCAGACAGACAGACAGACAGACAGAGAGACAGACAGACAGAGAGGGGAUCUGUGACCUGUCACAACUACACACUCAGGGUGAAGUCGGCCUGCAGUAUUAAAAAAAAAGCCGCUACUUUAACGCUAAGGCAGUGAACGACAUACUUUACACUAAACGGAGGAAUCAUGUCUAAGGGACCAGCAGUGGGCAUUGACCUGGGCACCACCUACUCCUGUGUAGGGGUGUUUCAGCAUGGCAAAGUUGAGAUUAUUGCCAACGACCAGGGAAACAGGACCACACCCAGUUAUGUUGCCUUCACUGACACAGAGAGGCUGAUUGGAGAUGCAGCCAAGAAUCAGGUGGCUCUGAACCCCAACAACACUGUAUUUGAUGCAAAGCGUCUCAUUGGACGUCGCUUUGAUGACAGUGUUGUCCAGUCAGACAUGAAAUACUGGCCAUUUACAGUCGUAAGCGAGGAUACAAAGCCCAAAGUUAAAGUGGAGUACAAGGGCGAGACCAAGACCUUCUUCCCAGAGGAGAUCUCUUCUAUGGUGCUCAUUAAAAUGAAAGAGAUCGCAGAGGCUUACCUCGGAAAGACUGUGUCAAAUGCUGUAGUGACUGUGCCAGCCUACUUCAACGACUCUCAGCGCCAGGCCACCAAAGACGCAGGGACCAUUUCUGGGCUGAAUGUCCUUCGUAUCAUCAACGAACCAACUGCUGCUGCUAUUGCUUAUGGCCUGGACAAGAAGGUUGGAGCUGAGCGAAAUGUUCUCAUCUUUGACCUGGGUGGUGGCACAUUUGAUGUCUCCAUCCUGACUAUUGAAGAUGGCAUCUUUGAGGUCAAAUCCACAGCAGGGGACACACACUUGGGUGGAGAAGACUUUGAUAACCGCAUGGUCAACCACUUCAUCUCCGAGUUCAAACGCAAGUUCAAGAAAGACAUCAGCGACAACAAGCGGGCAGUACGCCGUCUGCGCACAGCGUGCGAGAGAGCCAAGCGCACGUUGUCCUCCAGCACUCAGGCCAGUAUUGAAAUUGAUUCUCUGUACGAGGGAGUCGAUUUCUACACGUCCAUCACCAGGGCUCGAUUUGAGGAGUUGAAUGCAGACCUUUUCAGAGGAACCCUGGAGCCUGUGGAAAAGGCUCUCCGUGACGCCAAGAUGGACAAGGGUCAAAUCCAUGACAUCGUCCUGGUUGGAGGUUCCACUCGUAUUCCAAAGAUCCAGAAGCUGCUACAGGACUUUUUCAAUGGGAAGGACCUCAAUAAGAGCAUUAACCCUGACGAAGCAGUGGCCUAUGGAGCAGCUGUGCAGGCAGCCAUCCUGUCAGGCGACAAGUCAGAGAACGUGCAGGAUCUGCUGCUGCUGGAUGUGACCCCCUUGUCUCUGGGCAUCGAGACGGCUGGAGGAGUGAUGACUGUUCUCAUUAAGAGGAACACCACCAUCCCCACAAAGCAGACCCAGACCUUUACCACCUACUCUGACAACCAGCCUGGUGUCCUCAUUCAGGUAUUUGAGGGUGAAAGGGCCAUGACCAAAGACAACAACCUUUUGGGUAAAUUUGAGCUGAUUGGAAUCCCCCCUGCACCCAGAGGGGUCCCUCAGAUUGAGGUGACCUUUGACAUCGACGCUAAUGGCAUCAUGAAUGUGUCUGCUGCGGACAAGAGCACAGGGAAGGAGAACAAGAUCACAAUCACUAACGACAAAGGUCGCUUGAGCAAGGAGGACAUUGAGCGUAUGGUCCAGGAAGCGGAGAAGUACAAGUCUGAGGAUGAAGUGCAGAGAGAGAAAGUGACGGCAAAGAAUGGUUUAGAGUCGUACGCCUUCAAUAUGAAGUCUACUGUGGAGGACGAGAAGCUGAAGGACAAGAUCAGCGACGAGGAUAAACAAAAGAUUGUGGACAAGUGUAACGAGGUCAUCAGCUGGCUGGACAAAAACCAGUCUGCAGAAAAAGAAGAGUUUGAGCAUCAGCAGAAGGAGUUGGAGAAGCUGUGUAACCCCAUCAUGACCAAGCUGUACCAGAAUGCAGGUGGUGCACCCGGAGGGAUGCCAGGGGGGAUGCCCGGCGGAUUCCCAGGAGCUGGUGGCGCCCCUGGAGGAGGAGGAGCCGGCCCCACCAUCGAGGAGGUCGACUAAACUCAAAGGCUGUCAAUACUUGCAUGAGCCUGUUCUCUUUCCUCUGACAAAGGUUGGUGUGAAGGGUGAUCACAGUCAUAUAUCAUACAAAUUACUACAUUGUAACACUCAGAACCUUUAACCAGCUUACUCAGCAUACUUUUUUAUUUCUUUUAAUUUAAUUCAGCACUCUCACUGUGGUUUUUCCAGUUGUUGGUCUUUUCAAGCGACUGAUUUUUUUGUUCACUUAAACCUGUUCAUGUUUGCAUUACCAUGAUGUGUUUUUAUUUGAGCUGUUCGUUCUGGCUGUAAUAGUCUUUGAAAAUACAAUUCAAUAAAAGAUUUUUGGAACUUGAA